CAUUUGUAUCGAAAUAAAUAAUAUAUUCUAUUGCACACCCACACCUCACUUUGGUCACGAUCUUCCGUCUUCAUCGUUGUCAUCUAUCACAGUUUCAUAAUGACAGUUUGCGCAUCUCAUUUUUGUCCCGCGAUUCAUUAAUACUUUCAUCAUGGCGUCUUGCCCGAAUGAAGGUCGUCAGCACAGACCGAGGACGAAAGAGUUUUGCUGCCAGCGCCGUGAAUUACUUACGUGCCUAUGGAUUUGAUGGACUGGACAUCGACUGGGAGUACCCGGGCACACCACCCGAAACGAAGCAGAAUUUUACCAUCUUGUUGCAGACGAUACGGGCUGAAUUUGAAGAGGAUGCGAGGCGACGCCAGAUGGCACCACUCUUGCUCUCGGUGGCAGCACCAGUCAGUCUGUCGCAGAUGGAAGCCGGAUACGAGAUUCAAGAGGUGACCAGCCUUGUCGACUUUGUCAACCUCAUGGCGUACGAUUUUCACGGUUCGUGGAACAAGAUCACGAGCUUCAAUAGUCCGCUGUACUCCCGCCUCAACGACACCAGGUUCUCUCCCAGCUUAAAGUUCGAAAUGUUUGUCCAGGACUGGGCAGUACAAGAGUGGCUACGCCGUGGAGCGGUGGCAGAAAAACUAGUUCUGGGUAUUGCCGGGUACGGCCAGGUGUUCACCCUCGUCAACGCCUCUGAAAACGGGGUGGGGUCUCCCACUAUGGGCCCGGGUGUCCCAGGAAAAUGGCGCAAGCUGGACGGCCAGAUGGCAUUUUUUGAGGUUUGCGAGUCCAUAGGCACAGGCGGUGUGUCUGUGUGGGACGAUGUACAACGUGUUCCCUAUGCGUACUUCGGCGUUCAGUGGGUUGGCUACGACGACCCUAGGAGUAUCAAAGAAAAAGUAGAUUACGCCGUGAAACACAAACUUGGUGGGAUCAUGCUCUGGUCUCUCGAUCUGGACGACUUCCGGGGCGCCUUCUGCGGUCAAGGCCGUUACCCACUUCUCAAGGCCAUAGUCAGUGCUGUCGGGUCGCACUAUCCUGACGUCAGCGUGAAGGUCGUGGACUCGAAUACAGUACCGCACCCGUCGAGCACCACACUGCCCACCAGCAUCAUCAGCACACUAUCCACGCCUUCUACACGAGCACCUUCAUCGCUCUCCACAACAGUGAGCAGCAAGACAACCAUUACCACCACACCUGCUGCCAACAGAACUGCCACAACUGCUGUCCGCGUGACCAGCACACGCCGGCAUGUCAUCAUCAUCGAACAUGGAAGCUUCGCUCCUGCUCCUGGUCCUCACAGUUUCCUUUGUUCUGCGCGGUGAUUCUGUCAUCUCUGCACAGCCUGCUGAUGUGACCAGCCAGACAGCUUGGACGCACGCACAGCACAUUGACUCUCUAGUCUAAUCUUGUAACACACGAACUGGAAGCAACGGACCGUGGCCACCCGAACAUGCUUCUUGACCUAGUCGUGACGGAGGCCUCGCAAUAAAACACUAAACACGCAGCCACCGAAAAUCGUGUGCCUUCUGCGCUGGAACAAACAUUUGUUGUCGGUGAAAAGUGUACUUGAAAUGUUCUUAGAUGAUGUGCUGACGUCAGACACUCCGCAGCAGGAUGCUUAACAGAUGGUGGUCACUGAUUUCAAGACAUGUCGAGAGCUGGUGAUGUGUGUCUGUCCGUUCGCUAUGUAUGAAAACGUGUGCGAGGCUUAUGUGAACCGUCAUACAUGAACACUUAUCAUUUAUCAUUUUGGCGAAUAUAACGUGCUUUAUUUA